AUUUGCAGUCUGCAGACACUUGUUCGUUAGUAUCCACAACGAUAACAACUACAUUAGUAGUGGUCUAUUUUAGUGUUACUGUUUAUAUACGUUAUACUUCUGAAUAAUAAUUGUGUUUUAAUAAUAUUCACCUAAAAAGAAAAGAAAACUAACAAAUAUGAAAUCAACUGUAUCGAUAUUCAUCUGUUUAAUCGCUUUGUUUGGAUCAAGUACUAGUCUAAAAUGCUACACUUGUGGCUGGUGGAGCAAAAAUUGCGGUGAUCCAUUCUUGAAAGAUGAUUAUCUUUUAGUUGAGUGUAAUACUAGAGCGAUUAAUGAUUUCAACCACGAACUAGGAAACACCCUAAAUACUGCAAGUAAUGCUCUACAAAAUUUCGCAAAUCAAGUAGGUUUCAACAUCAAUCACAACAACAAUUACAAUUUGCCUACCAUUAGUGAAGAUUCAGUUGGAUGCACUAAAGUAGUACUCAAACACGGAGAAGAUAUUGUACGAGUGGCUCGAGGAUGCGUUUAUAAUAAAGCAGACUUGUGUAAAGGUAUGCAAAGACUCGACGACGAACUGAAAACCCUCAAGUACUGUGGCUCGUGCGACGACGACGGCUGUAACGGUUCUAGGUCGUUGAAGUCUUCCGCUGUCGCGAUAAUUUUGACCGCGAUGGCCACGUGUAUGUUCUACGGACUACAGCACUAAAUAAUAAUAAAGAAACCCAAACGCAAUACUGUUUUCACUUAAGUUGAAAAGUGUACCUGAUACUAUGUUUUGUUAUAUUGUUUUAAACUGUUAGCUUAUUCCAACCACACAAAACUCGUAAUAUUAUAAAUUGUAAUACCUACACGCAUACAUUAUAUAUGCACGGAUGCAUACUUUUUAUAUACUCGCGGAAGUGUUUUCAUUAUUUUCUUUACUUUUUAUGUUGUAUAAUAUUAUUCUAAAGAAUAUGUUUACAUAUAUUAUACUAUUUAGUAUCUAAACGUAGCUUAUCUAUAUAAUUAUUGAGUGUUUUUGUUUUUACGUCAACUAUAGCUAUACUUAUAUUAUCUACUGGUACAGGAUUUCAUUUUUUUUAAAUUCUUAUAAUACACUUAAUAGUUAAUAUAUUGUAUAUUAUAAAUAGUUGUAUAAGAUAUAACGCUGUAUACCUAUUAGAUUUGCUUAUGUAUUAUAAUAUAUACCUACACCGUGCGGUAUACCAACGAAAUUACGAUUAUAUUAUAGAACUUGUGGUCUACUGCACAAACUAAAUUGUUAAGUCCGUUUAUUUAAGACUUAAGUUACCUAUUCAAAUAUAAAGCGAUGAAUAAAAGUAAUAUAAGUUA